UGUUGUCCAAUAGGAAGGGCAAUUUUAGGAACAGAUGAGUACUAAAACCAUGACAUAAGGCAAAUGAAAAGCGUCUUUAAAUUUCACACUUGAAGGAUUCGACAGAAAGAGUAAAGAAAAAACACCAGAAUAGUAAGAUUGCUUGUGAGAAGAUUUUGUUUUUAGGCAUGGCUGCAGCAAUACAAGGCAAAUGGAUCAAGCUGGAGGAAAAAGGCGCUGGACCUGGGGCAAGAAGCUCACAUGCCAUCACCAUUGUGGGGCAUAAGGUCUAUUCCUUCGGAGGUGAGUUCACACCUCGGGUCCCUGUUGACAACAAAUUGUACGUGUUUGAUCUCAAUAGCCAAGAAUGGUCCGUGGCUGAUGCUGUUGGGGAUGUCCCUCCACCUCGUGUAGGCGUCACUAUGGCCACUUUAGGGGAGACUAUCUAUGUCUUUGGUGGCAGAGAUGCUGAACAUAAGGAGCUUAAUGAGCUUUAUUCUUUUGACACAACUACCAACAAAUGGACCUUAUUGUCUAGUGGAGAUGAUGAUGGCCCUCCUCACCGGAGCUACCACUCUAUGACUGCUGAUGAUUGGAGGAUCUACGUCUUUGGUGGUUGUGGAAAUGCUGGAAGGCUAAGUGAUCUCUGGGGUUACGACGUUGUUGAUAAGAAAUGGAUCAAAUUUCCUGUACCAGGGGAAAAUUGUAAACCAAGAGGUGGACCUGGUUUGACUGUGGUCCUAGGCAAAAUAUGGGUUGUCUACGGAUUUUCCGGUGACGAGCUUGAUGAUGUGCAUUACUUUGAUACAAUUGAAGAAAAGUGGAUGCAAGUGGAGACAAAUGGUGAAAAACCUUCUGCUAGAAGUGUAUUUUCAACAGUUGGGAUUGGGAAAUACAUUUUUAUCUAUGGUGGUGAAAUAGACCCUAGUGACUUAGGUCACUUAGGUGCUGGGAAAUUUUCGGGCGAUGUCUAUGCACUCGACACAGAGACACUAGUUUGGAAGCGGUGGAUGGAUUCCGGUGUCCAUCCUGGACCACGAGGGUGGUGCGCCUUUGCUAGUGGACAGCGAGAUGGCCAAGAGGGGCUGCUGGUUUAUGGUGGCAAUACACCAAGCAAUGAUAGGCUUGGUGACAUUUUCUUUUUCACUCCUCUGGCGGAGACUUGAGUACUGGAAAUGACAAGUGAUGAAUGUUGUAAGAACAAAUAAUCUUCAAGGUGACAUUUUAGCCUUGUGUUAGAUAUGGGGGGGAAAAUAUGUUCAGUGAUUGUUAUUUGAUGCUCUUGUAAAGGUUUGUUCAAUUUGUUAAACCAGGGUAUAUGUUGUUGAAAUUCUUGCUUUAGGUCA